UCUCUGCACAAGGCACCAUCUGGCAUUCAGUUUCUUUCACACAAGCGAAAUCACAAGAAUCGACGAUGUCCGGCCGUGGUAAAGGACAGAAAGUGAAAGCUAAGGCAAAGUCCCGCUCGUCUAAGGCAGGAUUACAAUUUCCUGUUAGCCGUAUUCACCGGCUUUUGAGGAAAGGAAAUUACGCUGAACGCGUCGGCUCCGGCGCGCCCGUCUACUUAGCUGCAGUCCUGGAAUAUCUGGCUGCCGAAGUUCUGGAAUUGACGGGAAACGCUGCACGUGAUAAUAAGAAAACGAGGAUCAUACCCCGACACGUACAGCUCGCUAUUCGCAACGAUGAAGAGUUGAACAAACUUCUUUGUGGAGUCACUAUCAGUCAAGGAGGUGUCCUGCCGAACAUCCAAGCAGCGCUUCUACCGAGGAAGACCGAGAAAAAAGCAUAAGUUGCUCCUAUAUCUUUAGAUAUUAUCAAAUGGCCCUUUUCAGGGCCCAAAUCAUUUUAACGAAGGAAUUCUUUAGUUUUGUUCCAUAAUCUUUCCUGUCCUUACAUAGUUUCAUUUAACUCGAUUUAUUAUUUUUAUGUUUUGUACCAGACACAAAAGCAUUAUAGAAAAGUUUAUUGCAAAGCAAUUUCUGUAAAGAAGGAUUGAAAGACGAAUUCAUAACAAAAGAUCUUGUGUACGCAACACAAAAUAAUUCUCAAUACAGCAAAUGUAAAUUCCUUAGUUCAGGUAGGUGAGAGGUCUUCGCAGCUGGGUUUUUUUUUAGGCCUGUUGGGACCGGUUUAACAAUGGGGGCCUCUCAUGCCAUUCGUGAAUCAUAAAACGAAACGCGGGAAAUGAGGCAACUACGGUUAAACUGGCCGGCAAGAGGCCAGAAAACCUCUUAUAAUAAAACUUGAUCGUAUUGUACCAUAAAUCGUCGCAUCGACUCUGAGAAAUACCUUGACUAUGAAAACUUGUACAAUUUGUUCCGUACUCUGUAUUAUUCUACGUUUAUUAAUACAAUUCAUUAUUUAAUAUAA